CUUCGCCCAGCCUGCAGGGGCUGACCUGCCCGGUGGAUCCGUGCAAGGGUUGUAGCUGGACGGAGCCUGACCGGUACCUGAGUUCCGGAGCCGGCUGAGCAUCCUGAGCCCAGCGCGCCAGAAAAUUCUUGACCUUGGGACUGGCGUUUUCCGCGCUCUAACAUCGCGCCUCUGGGACCGGCGGAAAACCAGGUGGGCGCCGGAACGUGGCCGCUGGCCUUGACCUCUAAAGCAGGUAUUUAAGCUAAAUGGGGCCUUGCGGCGAAGGUAGGACGGAAGAGACGAGGUUUCUGGGACCCCGCGAGCCUUCCACAAGCACAGCUGGCGACAGUUAGUAGUUAUUCAGCAUCCUCUCACCUGCCUUGGUUCGCCAGCCUGGAGUAAAGCAGCUGUACAAUCUACCUAAGGAAAUGGAAAUGAUUGAUUUAUAUUUAGGUUAUACCGGUAUUUUCUGGAUUAAUCGAAUUAAAAAUUACACAUUGAGCAGUUAAAGUUGGCCUAUAUCUGUUUCUAACUGUCCGAGGCCAAAAAAUGGGAAUAUGCAAAGUAUCCAGCCUAUGAAAUGAUAGGCUAUUGAGCACCAAUAUGAAGAAGCACUUUUGAACCAUCAAAUUUCAUCACUUGCAUCUCUUUCUUCAGAUUUGAAAUACCUAAUUCAUGAAGAGCGACUGCAUACAAACCAUAAUGUGUCAAGAAAGAAAAAAUGAUCCAAUAGAAAUGUUUCAUUCUGGGCAGCUGGUAAAAGUCUGUGCUCCAAUGGUUCGUUAUUCAAAGCUAGCUUUUAGAACUCUAGUAAGAAAAUACAAUUGUGAUCUAUGUUAUACACCAAUGAUAGUUGCUGCUGAUUUUGUCAGAUCUGUAAAAGCCAGAGACAGUGAGUUUACCACAAAUCAAGGUGAUUGCCCAUUGAUUGUUCAGUUUGCUGCUAAUGAUGCAAGACUUUUAUCUGAUGCUGCUCGAAUAGUCUGUCCUUAUGCAAAUGGAAUAGACAUUAACUGUGGUUGCCCUCAGAGGUGGGCAAUGUCAGAAGGUUAUGGAGCUUGUUUAAUAAACAAGCCAGAGCUUGUUGAAGAUAUGGUGAAACAAGUAAGAAAUCAAGUGGAAAACCCCAGGUUUUCAGUAUCUAUUAAGAUAAGGAUCCACGAUGACCUUACAAGAACUGUAGAUCUUUGCCGAAAGGCUGAAGCAACAGGCGUUUCCUGGAUCACAGUCCAUGGAAGAACUGUUGAAGAAAGACAUCAGCCAGUUCACUAUGAGGCCAUUAAAAUAAUUAAGGAAAAUAUGUCUAUACCUGUAAUUGCCAACGGGGACAUCAGAAGCUUAAAAGAAGCAGAAAAUGUGUGGCAUGUUACUGGGACAGAUGGUGUGAUGGUUGCAAGAGGACUCUUAGCAAACCCUGCCAUGUUUGCUGGAUUUGAGGAAACCCCACUGUCAUGCAUCUGGGACUGGGUUGACAUUGCUCUUGAACUUGGAACUCCUUUUAUGUGUUUUCAUCAACAUUUAAUGUACAUGAUGGAAAAGAUAACUUCAAGGCAAGAUAAGAGAAUAUUUAAUGCUUUGUCAAGCACAUCAGCAGUCUUAGAUUACCUUACAGAGCAUUAUGGAAUUUGACUAGACUGUCUAAAAUUAUUUUAAUAGUUUUUAUACUUUAAAUGAAAGCACCAGCUCACAUUUUGGGUUUUACUUUUAAUUAUUGGCUCUCAAAUUUUAUUGUAAAAACAAUGCUCUGGGAGCAUUUUAAAAGUCAGCACUAUACCCCAUCUUCAGAGAUUCUGAUUCAGUAACUCUUUUAGGGUGGCCCCAAAAUUUACAGUAUUAAAGAAAACUCCAGGUAAUUUAAACAUCAUAGCCAUUCUAAGUCCAAACAAACAUUGCUUUGAAUGCUAUUAUGGAUGUUUGUGUUUUUUCUGAAAGGAAUCAUGUUUUUAACAUUUUUAAAUAAAACUUUAUUUUAAUACUGAAAGUAUGGUUCAUAUAGUACCAGUAAGUUAACAUGAAGUUUGUUCUCUUGAAAAUAACUCAAGUGGCAAAAGAAAUGUCAACAUAUAUAAAAUGAAAAGGAACAAAUUUUUUAUAGGAUUGCAUUUACAGCUUAGAUUAAAAAUGCAAAUUUGAAAAAUCCAACUGUUACUUCCUAAUUGAAUUACACACUGAAUUUAACUAGACAUGUUUUUCAUAAAGCUAAGAUUCCAUGUAACUCUUUGAACAACAUUAAAUUUACAUUUCAAGACUUAUAGACUACUUAAGAGAUUGAUAGUUUGGUAGAUAGAUCUGUACUUAAAAUGAUUAAAAUUGGGCCUCCCCAGUGGCGCAGCAGGCUGAGCAGCCGUGCACAGCCUGGUAGCACAGGUUCAAUUCCCAGCCGGCCAGGGAUAUACCCACAUGGCACAACAGACCUCUCCUGUCUCACCUGCUGCUCCCAUCAGCAGUGUAUUUCAGCCAAUCUGCCUGUUCUGUUCCCCACUCUAUCUCUGGUGAAUCCUCUUACCCACCGCACCUCUGGCCUGUGCCCCAGCUAUU